CUCUGCCCGCGGCGGGAGGCGGCGUGUGGGCCUCUUGCGGGCCUGGGCUUCUGCGCGGCGGCGGCGCGGACGCCGUGUUCGACAUGGCCAGCUGGGUGUUCUGUAAUCGCUGCUUCCAGCCGCCGCACCGGACGUCGUGCUUCAGCCUGACCAACUGCGGCCACGUGUACUGUGACGUCUGCCUGGACAAAGGUAGAAAGGGCGAGUGCUUGAUUUGUAAAGUGCCUUGUCGCACACUUUUACUUUCAGAACACACGGACGCGGAUAUCCGGGCGCUGUUCAUGGGUAUAGACGACCUGUGUAGGAAGUACUCAAAGGAGACCUUCCGGGUUUCAGAAUUUCAAGAAAAGCACAGAAGGAGACUGUUGGCCUUCUAUAGAGAAAAGAUCUCAAAGCUGGAAGAGUCCCUUCAGAAGUCAGUGCUGCGGUUGGAACAGCUGCAGGGUGUGAGAUUGUCACAGCAGACAGCUUUCAGCACAAUAAAAACUCCAGUUUCGACUCCUUCGGCACGGCCAGGCGGACACCUCCGGCCCCCUGACUCGUCAGCCUCCAACAGGGUGGAGUCCAUGCAGGUCGACCUCACUCCUUCCCCAGCGAGAAAACCUGAGGUCACGGCUGGCCCGGCAAGAAUCUCUCUGAUCAGCCCGCCUCAUGAUGGACGCAUGGGUAGCGUCGCCCGCCCCGGCCCUCAGCCCCUCGGCCCGACGCCAAGUCACAGGGAGCUGCCCCAGGCCCUCAGGGUCCCACCGCUGCCUGUCCCCGGCAAGGGGCUGUCCCAGGUGCCCGCGCCCCAGGCCCCAGGCCAAGCAGGAAGAGGGGGCUCGCCCAGCCUGGGGGGCUCCCAGGCAGCGGCCCCCAGGCAGCCCAUCAGCAUCUCCGCACUGCUGCAGAGACAGCACACAGGCAAGUGUGCCCUGCUCCGAGGGCAGCUGCUUCUCCCGCACGCGCGCGUGUGUGGCAGAAGCAGACGCGACGCGUUGUGCGUUCCUGAUGGUCGUGCCGCGGCGCUUUGGUGAGUGGCUGAGACGUGAGUGGCGGUCCCGGGCGUGUCCACCUUGGGUCACGGCUGUCCAUGCUCCCGCAGGGUCUGCUGGCCUCGAGGGAGUCCCGCACGGAAGGUGAACGAGCUCCCGUCCCCGGCCUGGCCCUCCGGGCCCCCUCGGCUCUGGCGUGUGUGCAUUAGGCAGUAAACAUGCUCGUGCGCGCAUCUGCGUGGAAUGAAGUAACGCCGUUGAAUAAAGCAUUUUUCUGAUGACCUGG